AAUCUAACAAAAAAAACGGUAUCGCGUUUGUUUUUGCAUGUCCCCAUUCUUUCUUUUUCCACUGAUAUUUUAGUCACAGUUAAGUAUUACAACAGAUAUUUAUUCGUGGAAAUUAUAGAUUGAAACUUUUUCUCGAGAAAUCGAGUAAUUAUCGUCGCGCCUACUAUGCACUACGCGCCUGAUACCGCUGCUAGAACGGUUGCCGUCCUUUCAGGGGCUCUAGUUACGAUAUAAUCUCUCGUAAGGCGUAUCAGUUUCUUUUGAAGGUCGUUGCAUUCGACGGAACAUCGAUCAGUUGUAAUUACAAGCAAUGAAUUAUAUUAUCGGUGGAAAGGCGAUAAAAGAAGUAAAACUAAUAUUAAUGCGCCAACGUCUGUACAGCAACCUCGUGUACUUGAUUCUAUUCUUGAAUCGGAUUACGUGGUGGCUUGAAUGCAACGGCGUACAUUCAUACGACAAUUGUGAUCGAUUUUCAUCACAGUUUACUCCUACCAUUCAUUGUAUUCUGAACGUACGCGAUUCACUAUCGGAGGAGUGGAAAUUGUAUCUGAAUGAUCAACGAAUUUAGAUACAGUUGAUUAAGCUGUUUGCAACGUAAAUUAAUUGAAAAUGUACGAUAGUCUUUUCGUAUAAUGAUUCGACCACCUAAUUUCAGUGUACGUAUCAUUUUACACGCUUCGUAUCGCUGAAUCAUAAUUGAUUCUUCACAAAGUUAUUACGUAAAGCAAUACAACUUGAGAUAUGUACCGAAAUAAUUACACGAUUUACAUACCGCGAUCAUUUUAAUUCUAAUGAAAUUCUGUUCAGAAAUUGUAAAUAACGCUGGCAGAUAAUUAGAAAAUUAAUCAUUUUCUCGGUAUCAUUGCACUUUCUGUUGUUUCAUCGAUACUCUCUCUUUGGUAACCACAUCCGCAGUGCCAGAGACAUAUACAUCGUGCACUGGCACGACUUUGCUACGUUCCGUUGCUUCUUCAUGAAAUUCAGUACAAAUAAGAUAGGCCUCGCGUGCGUUCACGUUUACUCGAUAUAUAGGCCAACAGGUCGAUAUCCUAGUUUCCCGAAAAACGUUAAUAUUAGCAGUUCGUCGAUGCGAUCAUCCGUUAGCUGUACAGGAUACACAGUUAAUUACAAUGCAAUGGCCCUGUACGAUAGGUCCAUCUGAAAUUUAAAGAACCGAACGAAUAGCAGGUACGCGCGAACAAAAACGAUGGUUAAAUAUUCGUUUAAUUCGAUCGUGUUUGAGAAUGCGAAUUGACAACCACUGUAUAUAAGUCGGUAAUUUAGUGUCACGGUCGUGUAUGCGAAGAAACGCAGACUCUCGUCUACUUAUGCACGUUGAGCUACAUAAGUACUUAUCUCGAUGGACUUUGCAAACGCUCUCGGAUAUUUAUCGCCGUAUCGCGGAUUAUUCGUCGUUCUUAUACGUAAGAUGGUCAAACGAAACGAUCCAUGACAUCACGGACUGCAAAUGCAUUCGUAUCGUCCGUUUCUAUUCCGUCGAGACCGAUGGGUAAAUUCGUAUGUCCGUUUAUGGGUCGUUUGCCUUCUCCCACUUCGAAAUUCGAAGAUGGUAUUUUAAUUGCUCGUUAUUUCCUAAGAGCCCGAUUCGCGUCGAGAUCUCGUUUGAACGAUGGAGCGUUGAACCAGGAACGAAAGGUCGACGCAACGUCUUUAAAAAACAGAAUUACAAAAGUUCUCCCUUUAACGUUAAUUAAUAAUAUAAGGACAAUGAAGUCGAAACGGUGCCUCGUUAUCGCAGGAUUCAUUAUUAAAAGUCUUUUGAAAUUAGGCAAGAAGAGAAACUCGCAAGAGGAUAGCCCGAUUUACGCAAGGCGAUUGAUUUUAAUUUUUCCUUCGAAUACUUGCUUAACCCUGUUGACCAUAAAGAUCGAGCGUGCGCAGACCGUGAGAAACGAUCGAUCUCGAUCGGUUGCAGGACAACUCGCGAUGCAUCGUGGUCUCGAAAACAGGCUGAUUAAGGCGUCGCGACGUAUCGCGAGCGAUGGAAUUCGAUCACGACCUUCUUUGCGCGUAAACGCAAACGAAUCAUGCGAAUUAAUCGAACAAAGGUCGUUCGUUCUUUUUUUCCUUUUUCGCGUGGAAUUCGAUACAAUUCUUUUGUCGCGAUAUUUUAUUUCGCAACGGUUCUGUAUUUUAAAUCGCGACAUAGUUCUGAAAUUGGAUCGGAAGCGACGUGGAAAGCGCUGCGACGCGAAUCCAGGAAACGAAGGAUACGCAACGAUCGAUCUUUCUCGUCGAUGAACACGGUCAAGUAAAACAAUUAAGCAUAGGUGAAUGUGCAACCUUUGAAAAGAGUGACUCAUUCGAUGGAGGUUCCACGUACGUGUGCUUCGUCGAUAGAAGAAGAAGAAGAAUCGUUGGAAGACGUUUGUACGCGAACGUAAUGGUCGUCUCUGUAUCGGUUGGACCACGGAUGACGCGGACGACCGGUUCGCCUACGGAUUUCAACGCGUUCGCCAAAUACGGAGCAUCGAAGUUGCUCUCGGCUGGCAAUACUUGCACGGUUCCUACCCACGCCAUGACCCGACAACACUUUUUACGGGAAACGUGUGCACACGGGUGUGGUACUUUCGCUCCUUAAUCGAGAUCGUCUGGAAUCGAGAUCAAUCGUAUGCACUCUGCGUGUCCCCGAUUUUUUUUUCUUUUCGGUGGUGGGCCUGCAACGGUGGAUGAUGAAUUCGUGAAACGCGAACAUGUCCCGUCUCCUUAUCCGGUCCUGUGUGUUUUUAUUCAUAACGCAAAUAUAGUCACAGUUCUUUUAAGGAACGAAUAAAAAUAGCCCGAUUGUUCUUUAUUUUUACCUACUGUCUCAUUGAUUCUUGGAAGACCGAGACCUUUAUUUUUUGACGAAAUCUACAUAUUACCGAACAUGGUCUUUUGCCUUAGUCUUAACGCGUACUUUCUUUACGUAUAGAUCACUGAUGUCGAUAAUUUAGCGAUCUCGUCGCGUCGAUAAAUCGUACGUUUCGCUUCGAAGGACACGCGUACGCGAUAAACGCGGAAUCAGAGUUACGUGGAUCCUUCGAAGCUUCCUCGUGACCGUACGUCGCAUUUCCUGUUAUAUCAUCGACUCAUUUUUCUACACCAAGCCCGUAAAAAUUCUUACUCAAUUCGUGGAGUCUUCGACGAUUACGAAUCGACGAUUUAAACGACGUGACAGGUGAAAAUGAUCGUCGUCGUUAAACUGGGUACUUUGUUUUCACCGACAGGUGUUUAAUUACUUACCUAAUAUAUGGCGGUGACAGACCAUCCUACCUCCUAUCUUUGAAAGUCAAAUUAUUUCCUUAGGUUUAAUAGAAUUACACCGCUAAACAUUAAUUACUUACUUCGUUGUCACCCUGUACAUCCCAUCGAUGGCAUGAGGGUUACGGCUGGCCAGCACGAUUUUAGGAACCGCUGCAACGAUGUUGGCAAUAAGUCUUUCUUGGUGAGUCGCGAUUUCUCGCGAUAAAUUUCAUCGGUACGAGAGCCAAACUAACGAUAAUUCCUUCGAGUUUGCUGGCUCGUUAGCAGGAUUGCCACUGGUGCAAUCAGUCACCGUAUCCACUCGAAAAUACCAACUACCGGUUUAACUCUUUCGAGGUCGAAUUAAUAUUUUCCAAAGAUGAUAUAGCCAAUCUGUUGGCAACUACAUCUUCGUCAAACAGUGACACGCGUCGAAAUCGAAUGUUUCGUCGUUCUUUUCACCGCGACAGUAAGCGCAGCAAAGCGAAACACAAUCCGGUGUCCUGUCUGAUUACGAAAGAACGCAUCUACUCAACCUCGAAGCUCGAAAAUUAAAACAUAAUUUCAUAUAAUCUUAAGAACCGUUAAAAUUGGAAAACUAAACGCAUUUCGCACGGCUCUUCUCACUGUGGCAUUCAACAUCAUAAUACAUUCGCUGUUUCGGCGAAAACAAUCGCGUAUAAUGAAGUGCAUGCUAUAAUCGUAAUUAUUCAGAAUAACAUUGUUUUCUAUGUAAGCGUUUCGCUUCUCACUUUACGUAACUGCUAUCAUGCUAACUCGAACUUUACUUUUCAUCGUUUCUCUUUCAAUUAUUCGAUUACACUAAAUUCAUCGCGAUGACUCUCGCGGCAGUUAACGCGUCAGUUAAUUAGGAUGAUAAGGAUGAAUGUACUGUUUAAUACAUACGUGUAUUAUAUGUAUAGAAGAUAAAUUACGAUACUUUAGGAGAGAACGAUGUUGGUUGUCGCAGUUCUGUAGCCUACGUCAUCGCUCGGUUUACAUCGAGACAUCACGAGAGACCGGUUCCUCGAAGGUAUCCCCUCUUUGGUGCCCACUGUUCAUUUUGUAUUCGUCUUCUGUUGCGAGAUCUUUUUCCAGAAAAGACGAAAAAAAUGACUGUAUUGCCAUUGAACGAACAAGGGGGAAAGUAUUUGUAGGAAAAAGACUUUCGGCCUAAAAUGUGCGCAUCCGCUAAAAUUCCUCGUUUGAGUCAUUGCAGAUGAAAGGCUUUUAAUUAACCAACACAAAAUCUGAUUCGUUAAAAUUGACAAAAUUUGUAAACGAGAAGAAACCCAACGAAGAACAAUAUUUGUUUUUCUGAUAUAUUAGUACGUCAUCGCAUUUUUACGACGGAAAGCGAAAAGAGCAAAUACGUAGCUCACGAUGUUUCGUACAUCUACGACUUUCCUUGUAAUAUCGUUACAAGUAGCAUCUUCUUCUUGUACGAGUUCCGCAUAAACGCGUAUCGCGAUGUUCCAGCGAAAAUGAAAAACUGUGCGUACAUUACGUGGUAGCUUCGUUUGACUAAGAAUGAGCGUUUAUCUUCGCUUUGAGGAGGAUCUUAACGCGAUAUAUUAUUCGCGACAAAUAAUAUGGUAAUUUUGGAUGUAACGGGUAACCAAUUUCUUUACAACCAUGACCUAUGAAAUUAGCCAUGGUAUCAGAUAUUGGCGCGUUCGAUUCGGAGGUGGGCCGAUCGGAUGGUUCUCCUCGUAGACAGGGGGAGGAGAAAAAAGUGAGAAAUCGCAUCUCCACCCACACGAUCGGUGGUACAUACGGCAAGAAUCCACGUUGCGCGAACAUUGAAACGAGUAAUACGCGAGUCUCGGAAGAAAAAAGAAGGUAGGGAGAUCCGAUCGGUUCGUAUGCCUAUUUAAUGGUAGCGAGCGAGAGCAAGCGAGUUCCCGUGUGGUCAACUAGGGCCAGCGAGUCGCCGUCGAUGCCACAUCGACACACGGUGCCGGACCGAGAGCAUCGUUUCAAUAAACCUUCUUUUGCUUGUUCGCGACGUGGACGUUCUGCACCGGGAGACGACGUUACUUAAACUCCCGCCGUAAACAGAAAGAGUGGGGAAGAGCGAAUCGCGAGUAUACAUACGCGAGUCUUCAGGGACGAGGAGAAACGAGUUUGUAAACGGGGCCAGUCGCCGCGAAGCUUUAGUUCGGUCCGAGAGAUCGACGUAUAAACGUUGUGUGUUUCUUGUUUACCGCUUACCGAUCGCAAACACCUUCCAGCAGAUUUCUUGCUGUUCGCUUUUCGUUAUAUUUGUGCGCGAGUUACGUAUUCGUAUGAAAGAACGCGAGACCGUGAACGAUCGAGUUUUCGAAAAUGACUAUACGCAAGAAAGCAACGAGUGGUACGAACGAGAAGAUGAAAACGUCGAAAAAGGAAGUGGCAACCAGCUCGUCUAGCGACACGACCACUGUCGAAACGGUGGAAGUGGUGUCGUCGACGAGUUUCGUAGAGGAGGCGCGACAGGUGACGGAAAGCGAAUCGAAGAGCAAGACGUUCGAGGUGACCAGUGCGAGUCGCGAAGUGAUCAUGGAUUCUAAAGGGAACAUCGUUAAGAUAAUCGAAACGGCGCCGCAGACAGUGGCUCAGAAGAUGUCCACGCACAAAACGGGUAAAACAUCGCAGGAUUUUAUCUCCCAAGAACAAGUACAGUCCGUUAAACAAGGUAAAUCGAUGCUGCCCGAAAAAGAUUCGCGAGGCAAGGAUUCGGAGGUUGGUUCCAUAUCGGAGCGGGUUACUAGUUCGUCGGAGAUUCAAAGUCGCAGCGAAUCGCGCGCCGAGAGCGUUCAGAAAUCCAUGUCUUCGAGCACGAUCGUGGAGGAUCGGGGUGAAUCGUCCACGAGGAUCGUCUGCGGCGGAAGCGCGAAAGAAGAGCAACGUGUACCAAGGGUACAGACGUCAUCCAGAUCGACGGAAAGCAGACAGUCGAGCAAGGAAACGUACGAGGAUACGACGAUCGACGGCCAAACAGUUUCGAGUACGACGAGAAUCCACGAAACCGGCGAGAAAGUGGACGACAAUGGACGAGUGACGGCUUCGCAGAGUCGCUUGGUGGACAACGAGACCACGGUCGUUCCUUCGAACACUGGUCGAGUUCAAUUCUCCACCGACGUCAGGAGCAUCGGCGACAAGGUCGUUCUUGACUCUUCUUCCGGCGAAAGCACCGUGAAGAGCGUCGCGAAGACCGACGUCUCGCGUUUCAACAAACCUGGUCAGUCUGCGUGGGACGGCACGUUUAUCAGCGAAAGCACAUCACCGGUUAAGGAGAAACAAACUACCAGAGUGGACAAAGGGAAAGUAGAUAGUCUGGUUUCAAAAGCCGAGGUCACUGAACGUGUCUCCUCGUCGUCGACGGUGUUCGAUUCGAAGAUCGUCGUCGACGAAGCUCGCACGGACGUUUCUUCGACGUUUCGCGAACGAGUCUCUUCGAACACGAUCGAUAUCGACGAUAAAAUUGGACAGAAACAGAUAACGACCAGCGAGGUGCACUCGAAAGAUUCGAACAGAUACAACAGACUCAGCGAUUCGACGUGGGACGGCACUUUCGUGCCGGAAAAAACUGCAGAACCUAGGAAAAGAAACGUUUCCGACGACUCAGUGUUUCGUCACCCUGGAGGAGAUAACGUCACGGAGUCGACUCAGAGAACGGACUACAGGGAACGGAGUACAGAUGGUUCUUACGAGAAGAAAUCGUCGAACGUCGUUCACGCGGUACAAGGAGCUACGGAAUCGUCGAGGUUCCUGUCCGAGGAACGCAGAGACGUUACCGAGGAGAUUUACGUCGACGGUAAACCGACUCGGAGGAUCACGAAACCCGGAGAGUCCACCUGGAAUGGUCAGUUUGUACAGGAGAAACCGCAAAGACCGUUGACGGACAACACGGUGGUCAGGAGAAGCGAGAAACGACACGAUUCCGUGGACGUUCAAGAUGUCACGGAGGAACAACACAUUUCCAGUACAUCGGAGUCCGUUUCGGCAUCGUACGUAGUCGAGUACGCCUCCUCCAGCGACGAGAAAAAGAAAAGCGAAAAGGUGACUUCGGUCUCCGAGACGAUCCUCGAGGAAGAUUCCGGACAGUGCGGCGUUCCUCGUCGAUCGACUCCCGAGAAGCUUACGCGCGGUAGUUCACCAGGUGGUUACAAACUUGGUCAGUCCACGUGGGAUGGAAGCUUCGUACGCGAGAAGCAAGUUCCCGAACGUCGUCGAACACCCGACGCCAGGAGACCCACCGAUACCGUGAUCAUCCGUGACGUAUCGGAGGACAAUUUCAUCAACGAGGCAGAAAUAUCGACGAGUUCUUACGUCGUCGAGCACUCGUCCAGUCAGCAGAGCUUCACCGACGUAAGAGAUUCCAGUCUAUCUUCCGUCCACGAAGUGUACGACACGAAAGUGGACGGCACGUCCAGUAGGCCGGAAACGCCGAAAGGACGGCUGGCUAAACCCGGUGCCUCGACCUGGGACGGGACGUUCGUGAUCGAGAAAUCGCCGGAAACGAGGAGACCACCUAGCAGGGAGUCCGUGCAAAGUCCUGUACCGACCUCGAGGAGACACGUUACGGACAUCGCGUUGGAUACUCGAGAUAAGCGAGUGUCUGAUUCCGAAAUUUUCGACGACAACGUUGUCGUCGUGGAACAGUCGAGCACUCGCGAAAGUUACUCGGACUCCACGAACGUGAACUUUUCUUCUAGCUCCGUGGAAACGGUCAUCGUUCGCGAUCAACUGCCUACGACUACGUGGAAAUCCACGACGAUCGAGGGCCCUAAGGGUCACGAGAAACCCGCGGAACAUCAGCCACGACCGGAACAGAAGCGUCCUAAAAGUUCCGAUAAGGAUGACAGAUCCGUUAGACCUACGAAGCCAGGAGCCUCCACGUGGGAUGGCUCGUUCGUGUACGAAAAGCCGACAAACCUUACUGAUCAUCCCGUAGAGAAAUUAAGCGAAACGUCGCCCAGAAAACCGAAUGAACCGUCGACCUAUUUCACCGAAAAGACCAUCUCUCUAACGGAUACAUCGAAGGAUGUUAAGACGUCCGAGUUCGUCGCUUCUACCACCGUUGAACGCACGAUCAAAGAUUCCGAUGUUACCACGACGCAUUUUCUCGCAGUCGGCGAACAGAAGGGCCCGGUUGAAUCUAGACGCGAAGUUCCAAAGUCACCGACCGAUCGACGACCCGAAGAUGGCAAGAAAGAACCCUUCGAAGUUUCUACGACGCUUGUACCCGAGAUCGAUCGACAGAAGGGUCCGCUUGAACCCGGAGACGGGAAAAAGCCUCCCGAAAAACGUGCCAAGAGCCCCGAAAAAUGGGACAGACCUAUGAGACCAACGAAACCCGGUGAAUCUACUUGGGACGGUUCGUUCGUGUACGAGAAACCGGAAGAUCAAAGAAAGAGACCCACGGAUGAUGGAAAAAGACCGAAAGACGACAAACCAAGCAGUUUGGUUCCAAAAAAAGACGAUGUUAGCAACGUUACGAUAGUCAAACACGAGGUGACGGAUGCGAGAGACGUUAAGGACGAUAAGAUCGACAUAGAAGUGGUACAAAGCUCUUCUUACGUAAUCGAUCAAUCGUCCAGUUUCACCUCGGUGCAGGACGUCCGCGACGUGAUCGAGGAACGUGUCAUCAGCGAAUUUACAACGGACACGCGGGAGGACUUGAGAGAUGUCACUAAAUCAACGACCGAAUUCAUCGACAAACUCCAGGUGACUAGUAUGGUAGCGCAGGAUGUCGUUGACGACGUUCGGCACGAGAGAUUCACCACCAGUACACCAGUCGAUACCCCGCGAAAAAGCUCGCCAGAACGACCCGGAUAUCCUCGUGGGAUCCCUGGACUCCGGGAAGACGAUCGACCAAAACCGAUACCGGCCGCUGGAAAACCAAGUCGACCUCCGCAACGCGAACCGAGUCCUGGAGAUACGAAAAGACCGUCUGGGACCAGGCCAAGAUCACCGGAAAAGCCACGAGAUUAUGUUUCUCCUCCAAGGAAACCGGUGCCUGCUGCAGGUAAACCGAGUCGUCAGGAACCGAGCCCGAUCGUUGAAAAACCGAGACGACCGGAGGACAAAUCGGGAAGAGGAGACGAUAAACCGAAGAGGGGAGAUCAGACGCCUGAUUCCUUGGACGAGGAUAACGUCCAGCCUGGAAAGAUACCCGACAUACUGUCCAAGAUUCCUUUGAAGGAGCAAUGCAUCUGCGAACUGUGUACUUGCGGGCGACAUCGUUGCCCACACAAUUUGCCCCAGGAUCAUUUGGACCUUCCACGGGACGAACCGAUUCAAGCGGUAACAUCUUAUCGGGAAGAAUUCGACGAGAAACGGGUCGACAGACAGACGCUAUACCACCAUGAGGAUCACCUUCGCAUGGAAGGUGAUUUUAUCGGGCAAAGACGAACCGAUUACGUGGCAACGAGAGGAGAAUCGGCUCCGGUGAAAAGACCGCAGGAUAACUUGAAGCCGGAAGGUGAAUUCGUUGGAAGACCCAGAGAAGAAGCUCCGAAAUAUGGAGAUCGCGCACCGGUUAAGCGACCUCAGGACAAUCUCCGACCCGAAGGAGAAUUCGACAGUACCACCACCACGGAGCUGGUGUUUACCGGAACACCCGGCGAACGACCAACUCCGAUACGUCGCAACACUUACACGAAGGUCGAGGGUGAGUUUAUCGACGAAACCACCGCGAGAUCCGAGUAUAUCGAUCAUCGAACAGUACAGCGUGCCGAGAUCAUCAAACGAACGGAUAACCUCACGGUGGGAGAGGGUGAAUUCACGGGGACCUCUCAUGUUAAAGAGGAUUUCCAUAGCUACGAUAACGUCGAGUGGCAGCCUCGGCAGCGACUCACCUACUCGGAAGAAGAUGACAGGUUUUACAGCAAAACCGAUACGAUGGAGAACAUUACGACCACGCAGGAAGAAUAUCGAAGUUUCGAUCAAGUCGAUUACAGAAGCACGGCCGUAAUCAGAAGAGACGACAAUUUGAAACCCGAAGGACCGUUCGAGGGUGUACCUCAUACCAAGGAUGACUACACGGUACCAGCUAUCACAAGACGACCAGAACCACAGAGGCCCAAGGAUAAUCUACGACCAGAAGGACCUUUCGAGGGAAGACCUAAGGACGAUUACGUGCCAACCAGAGGUGAAAGGGCAGACGUGAAACGACCGCAAGACAAUCUGAAACCAGAAGGGCCUUUCGAAGGACGUCCUAAAGACGAUUACUCGCCGAAACGUGGAGAACGGCCGGAGGUGAAACGACCAGAGGACAAUUUGAGACCGGAAGGACCCUUCGAAGGUAGACCCAAGGACGAUUACAAACCAACCAGAGGAGAGAGAGCUGACGUUAAACGACCACAAGACAAUUUGAGACCAGAAGGACCUUUUGAAGGUAGGCCCAAGGACGAUUACAAACCAACGAGGGGAGAAAGAGCUGACGUUAAACGACCAGAAGACAAUUUGAGACCAGAAGGACCUUUCGAAGGACGACCAAAGGACGACUUUUCGCCUAAAAAAGCCGAACGCCCCGAAGUAAGGAAACCGCAAGAUAAUUUGAGACCCGAAGGACCUUUCGAAGGACGGCCAAAGGAUGACUUCUCGCCGAAACGAGCAGAGAGACCGGAAGUUAAAAAACCGGAGGACAACUUGAAACCUGAAGGACCUUUCGAGGGUCGACCUAAGGACGAUUACAAACCUACCAGAGGUGAACGUGCCGAUGUCAAGCGUCCUGAAGAUAACUUAAAACCAGAAGGACCAUUCGAAGGUCGACCAAAGGAUGACUAUUCACCAAAACGCGGGGAACGUCCCGAGGUGAAGAAGCCGCAGGAUAACUUAAGGCCGGAAGGACCUUUCGAAGGUCGGCCGAAAGACGACUACAAACCGACCAGAGGCGAAAGAGCCGAUGUGAAACGGCCGGAAGACAACUUAAGACCCGAGGGUCCAUUCGAAGGAAGACCAAAGGACGACUUCUCGCCUAAAAGGGCUGAACGACCCGAGGUGAAGAAGCCACAGGAUAACUUGAAACCGGAAGGACCUUUUGAAGGUCGCCCGAAAGAUGAUUUUACGCCGAAAACUGCAGAACGUCCGGAGGUUAAGAGACCGAAAGACAAUCUUCGACCAGAAGGAGAAUUUGAAGAUCAUCCUAGGGAUGUAUACACUCCCGGUGAGAGACGUACUCCCAUCAGACACCCGGAUCAUUUGUUUCCGGAAGGAGACUUCGAAAGGCCUAUGCCUGCGCCGUAUGGACCCGGUGAAAGAGCGUCGAUCGUACGUCAUCCGGAUAACUUGUUCCCCGAAGGGGAGUUUCCAGAUAGAGAACGCGUUCCAUUCACACCGGCAGAAAGGAGAACGCCUAUCAAACAUUACGAUAACCUUCGACCUGAAGGUCCUUUCGAGGGACGUCCAAAGGAUGAUUACAAACCAACGAAGGGUGAACGAGCUGACGUGAGACGUCCAGAGGAUAACCUGAAGCCAGAGGGUCCUUUCGAAGGAAGACCGAAAGACGACUUUUCGCCUAAGCGGGCUGAACGUCCAGAGGUGAAGAGACCUCAAGACAAUUUGAAACCCGAGGGCCCCUUCGAAGGUCGUCCAAAGGACGAUUACAGACCAACGAGAGGCGAACGGGCCGACGUGAGACGUCCAGAGGACAACCUAAAACCGGAAGGUCCAUUCGAAGGAAGGCCAAAGGAUGAUUUUUCUCCAAAGAGAGCAGAACGUCCAGAAGUUAAGAAGCCUCAAGACAAUUUAAAACCGGAGGGCCCCUUCGAAGGACGUCCAAAGGACGAUUACAAACCAACGAAGGGCGAACGGGCUGACGUGAGACGUCCAGAGGAUAACUUGAAACCGGAAGGUCCAUUCGAAGGCAGGCCAAAGGAUGACUUUUCUCCUAAAAGGGCUGAACGUCCAGAGGUUAAGAGGCCUCAAGACAAUUUGUAUCCUGAAGGUCCUUUCGAAGGACGUCCAAAGGACGAUUACAAACCAACGAAGGGCGAAAGGGCUGACGUGAGACGUCCAGAGGACAAUCUGAAGCCGGAAGGUCCAUUCGAAGGAAGGCCGAAGGAUGACUUUUCUCCUAAGAGAGCUGAACGUCCAGAGGUUAAGAGGCCUCAAGACAAUUUGUAUCCUGAAGGUGAAUUUGAUAGACCGGAAAAGCCCUCGGUAGGUCCCGCAGAAAGACGGGUCCCUAUUAGACAUCCGGAUAACCUUCGACCCGAAGGUGACUUCGAGCGUCCUGAUCACGAUGAGUAUCGACCGGCCGAGAGGCCGGAGGUGAAGAAACCGAAGGAUAACCUGAAACCGGAAGGGGAAUUCGAGCGUCCUCGUCCCGAGAAGUUCGGACCAGCUGAAAAAAGAACGCCCAUCAAACAUCCGGAUAAUCUGAAACCAGAGGGCGAGUUCGUUGGCAAACCCAAAGACGAUUUCACUCCUACCAAAGGGGAAAGAGCACCGGUUAAAAGACCCGAGGACAACUUGAAGCCCGAAGGUCCGUUCGAAGGACGACCCAAGGACGAUUAUCAACCUGUUCGCGGUGAGCGAGUCGAAAUAGUGAAGCAUACCGAUAACCUGAGAAUGGAAGGAGACAUCGAAACCUACCGGUCCAGAGACGAGUACACGGACUUCUUGAUUCGAGAAAGAACCGAAGUUACAAAGUAUCAAGACAAUCUGCGAAUGGAGGGUGAAUUUAUCGAUACAAGAACCAGGGACGACUUCAAGGUUGUGAGAGGAGAACGCGUCGAUAUCGUGAGACAUCCCGAUAAUUUGAAGCCAGAAGGUCCGUUCGAAGGUCGUCCAAAGGACGAUUACUCUCCCAAGAGAGCAGAAAGGCCAGAAAUCAAGAAACCAGAAGACAAUUUGAAACCGGAAGGAGAUUUCGUUCGCAGGCCGAAGGAAGAAGCUCCGAAACAAGGCGAAAGGGCUCCGAUCAAAAAGCCUCAGGACAAUUUAAAACCUGAAGGCGAGUUCGAGAUACCUGAAAAGAAACCGGUUGGACCGGCGGAGAGGAGGAGUCCUAUCAAACACGCCGAUCACUUAAAACCCGAAGGAGAAUUCGAGAGGCCUAAGCCGGAAGAAUUUAGACCCGCCGAGAGACCAAUUGUCAAGAAGCCGCAAGACAAUUUGAAGCCCGAAGGUAAAUUUAUUGGGCGUCCAAAAGAGGAGACGCCGACCAGAGGCGAACGAGCGGAUGUCAGGAGGCCCGAAGACAACUUGAAACCGGAAGGCACCUUCGAGAGACCAGAGAGGCAACCUGUUGGCCCGGCGGAAAGGCGUUCACCGAUCAAGCAUCCAGAUAACCUGAAACCAGAAGGCGAGUUCGAAAGACCGGAACACGAAGAAUACAAACCAGCCGAGAGGCCCGAGAUGAAAAAACCGAAAGAUAAUUUGAAGCCAGAAGGUGAAUUUGUCGGAAGACCGAAGGAGGAAGCUCCGCGAAAGGGCGACAGAGCCGACGUGAAGAAACCGAAGGAUAAUCUUUAUCCUGAAGGAGAGUUCGAGAAACCUCAGCCGAAGAAAAUCGGUCCGGCAGAGAAGAGAACGCCUAUCAAACAUCCGGAUAAUCUGAAGCCGGAAGGCGAGUUUUUAGGACGACCGAAGGAAGAAGCUCCAAAACGUGGCGAACGGGCAGACGUGAAGAGACCUCAAGAUAAUCUACGUCCAGAGGGUGAGUUCGAGCGUCCAGAGAAGUCUCCCGUGAAACCUGCCGAGAAACGCACACCCAUUAAGCGUCCCGAUAACCUGAAACCGGAAGGAGAGUUUGUUGGUCGACCGAAAGACGAUUAUAAACCGACUAGAGGAGAACGCGCGGACGUAAAGAGACCAGAGGACAAUCUGAAACCUGAAGGGCCGUUCGAAGGUAGACCCAAGGAUGACUUUGUUCCCGUGCGCGGAGAACGAGUCGAUGUUAUAAAGCGAACCGAUAAUCUUCGCAUGGAAGGCAACAUCGAGACGUACAGAUCAAGGGACGAGUACACCGACUUCUUGAUUCGCGAGAGGGCAGAGGUGACCAAAUAUCAGGAUAACUUACGAAUGGAAGGCGAAUUCACGGACAUGAGAAGUAGAGACGAUUUCAAGGUGGUGAAAGGCGAACGCGUGGAAGUGGUGAAACAUCAGGACAAUCUGAGACCCGAGGGUCCGUUCGAGGGUCGUCCGAAAGACGAUUAUUCGCCAAAGAGAGCCGAAAGGCCGGAAAUCAAGAAGCCGAAAGAUAAUUUGAAACCAGAGGGAGAUUUCGAGAAACCGGUAAAGAAACCCGUUGGACCAGCCGAGCGACGAUCACCCAUCAAGCACGAAGACAAUCUGAAACCCGAGGGUGAAUUUAUCGGAAGACCCAAGGAACAGGCGCCAAAACGGGGCGAAAGAGCAGACGUGAAGAAACCGAAGGAUAACUUGAAACCGGAAGGCACUUUCGAGAGGCCGGAGAAGACUCCGGUUGGUCCAGCGGAGAGAAGAACGCCGAUACGUCACGAGGAUCAUCUUCACCCCGAAGGAGAGUUCGUGGGACGACCCAAGGAUGAUUUUACACCGAAGCGAGCCGAGAGACCGAUUCAGAAGAAGCCUAAGGACAAUCUGAAGCCCGAAGGUGAAUUCAUUGGCAAGCCUAAGGACGACUAUAAACCGACCAAGGGUGAAAGAACCGAGAUCGUUAUUCACAGAGAUAAUUUGAAGAUGGAAGGUGACAUCGACGUUCGCCGGUCCAGCGACGACUAUAAACGUAUCACCAAGGUGGAGCGCGUCGACGUUGUCCGCCGAGAAGAUAAUUUGAAGAUCGAGGGUGAAUUCGUGGACAUUCGAAGACGAGACGACUACAGAGUUACCCGCGGAGAACGCAGCGAAAUCGUCAGACACGAGGAUCACCUUCGUCCGGAGGGAGAGUUCGAGAAACCAGAAAAGUCUCCGGUUGGUCCCGCUGAGAGAAGGACACCGAUUAAACAUCCGGACAACCUGAAGCCGGAAGGACAGUUUGCUCAACGUCCCAAAGCGUCUACACCUACGAAGGGCGAGAGAGCACCGAUUAAGAAACCAAAGGACAAUUUGAAACCCGAAGGAGAGUUCGAGAGGCCGGCGAAGUCCCCGGUUGGUCCGGCAGAAAGGCGAUCGCCCAUCAAGCACCCUGAUAAUUUGCAUCCAGAAGGAGAAUUCGUUGGAAGACCUCGACAGGAGACCCCGACGAGAGGAGAACGCGCCGACGUUAAGAGGCCUAAGGAUAAUCUGCAUCCGGAGGGCGAGUUUGCCAAACGAACGCCUCAAAAAGUUGGACCAGCUGAAAGGCGUACUCCGAUUCGUCACGAGGAUAACCUUCAUCCAGAGGGCGACUUCUACAUCGUGCCCAAGGAUGACUACUCUCCCAAACGAGGCGAACGGGCGCCGGUGAAGAAACCUCAAGAUAAUCUGCGACCGGAAGGCGACAUGGACGUCAGCCCCUCGUCCAAGGACGAUUAUAGACACGUCAACGGUGAACGUAUGGAGAUACGUCGUCACGAAGAUCAUCUGAAAAUGGAAGGAGAGAUCGACGUCCGUCGAUCGAGGGACGACUAUAAGAAGGUUAGCAGGAUCGAGAGAGUGGAUGUGCGGAAACGCGAGGACAAUCUGAAAAUCGAGGGCGAAUUCAUCGACGUGAGACGCAAGGACGAUUACACGCAUGCCGUGGUCGUUGAACGCACGCCAGGUAAGAAGCAUCCUGAUAAUCUGCGUCCCGAAGGAGAGUUCGAUCGCCCUCAGAAAUCUCCGCAAGGUCCGGCGGAGAGAAGAUCGCCCAUCAAACACGCGGACAAUCUGAAGCCGGAAGGAGAUUUCGUAGGAAGACCUCGAGACGACUUCGUGCCAAGAAGGGCCGAAAAGGCAGAAGUGAUCCGUCGCGAGGAUAAUCUGAAGAUGACCGGUGAUUUCCAAGACACCACCUCGCAGAGGUCCACUUACACGGUGAUGCGUGGAGAACGCGCCGAAAUUAAACGCCACGAAGAUAACCUGAAGAUCAGCACCGGCUCCAUGGAAACAAAAACGACAAACAGAGACACCUUUACACCCACCAAGAAAGACGACUCUCCGACCGGCAGAACCGUCAGUCGUAGACAUCACAUGGAAUCCUCGAUCAGCCUGGGCGACGAUGUUUCCGCCGUGUCUACUAGCCAUCAAAGAAACUUCAACACCUUCACGAAACGCACCGCUAAGGAAGUCGCGGCCAAGAUCAGUAGCAUGGAAUCGGACAGCGAUAGGCACGUGUCCACGGAGUCCAAGACUCUCGAAAACGGAACCACGGUCGUAACGGGCAGGAAGACCACUUCCGCGCAACUUGCCGAAAGAAUAUCCUCUCAAAACGUUCAACAUCAUACUCAGAUUGAUUCCAGAAACAGCCAUCAGUACACGAACGAGCAUCACCAAAGGGUGCAUUCGAGCGAAUACCUGAGGUCGCAAAACGUGGCUCAAACUCGACGACAAUUGGAGGACAAGACGAUCACCGAUGUCCAGAGUCAUCGUGGUCACGCGGUGGAUACUAGACACAGCGAACAACAUCAAAAGCAGUUGGAACGACAUCAGCAAGAAAGCAGUAAACGCGACUACGUGAACACUCAACACGUGGAGUCGCGACAAAUGGCGACGAGGCAUAAGCAGCAACACGACCAGCACACGAUCUCCAGUCAAGCUCGCUACAACUCGAAUCAAACGAGUAGCGCCGAAUUUAGACAAGCUAUUAGCGGUCAAUCGAUGGAAAGAUCGCAGCUGGACAGCACGUUCACGAAGACCAGCCACCACAGAAAGAACGUGAUCUCGUCGUCGGCCGCGGACGUGACCAACGCGGUGCUUCACAGACGCGGAGUGACUUCGUCGACGGAGGCACUCCACACGAUCUCCUCGACGGCCGCCGAUCAGAAGAAGAGUAUCUCGAACUUGGCCGAAAGCGGACAAUACAUCAGUAACUCGAGUCAGAGCAACGACAGACGAAGUUUCACCUCUCUUCAUCGCAGCAAUAAAGAUGGUAACCCUUGGGCCUCGUCCACUUACGAGCGUCCACAGAGAAUCGUGCGCCAGGAUAAUUUGACCGUCGGCGGGAAAUUUUAUUCGCACAGCGAGGCUAAAAGUUACGGAAACUUCAGCAACCAGAAGGUCGAACGAGUUCAGAGGCAGUCGAACGUGUCGCAUAUUAGUCUGGGUGACGGCAGUACGGUAACUUCGAGCAUGUACAAAAAAGAGUUUGUGCCGAGACACAAGGGACCCUGUCCGGCGGCGCUCAUAGAGGCAAAACAAGCUCCUUUCAAACAUACCAGAGAUACUCCGAAGCAUAAGUUCUAUAUGCCGGUCGUUUCGAAUUAGUUUGCCGACCGGGAUUGUACGUGUUUGCAAGGGUAACGGAUGAAGAAUACUGAUCGUCAAACGAAUACUUUUAUUUAUUAUAAAAUACACUCGGCAGUGAAAACGGCUACGCUUUCGUUGCUGCGUGAUAAUCGCAAAAAAAAGCAUUUUAGUUAUUAGUUUACACUGUUACGAAUAUAAUAGCGAUGCUAUGCAAAAAUAUUGUACUCUUUUACUGUUAUUUUUUAUAUUAUUUCAGCAUCUUGAAUUCGUGGUGCUCGCAUGGCAAUCGAUGCGUGAAAAAUUUUCGAGAGAUUAUAUUUUUUGUUUAUUAUCAACAAAAAUUGUUCGUUUGUUUAAAGUUAUUCGCGUUCUACGAGUAAAGUGAAUCGUGGGCUGUGACAAACCCGCAUCGUUCGAACGAUAUCUGUCCAUCUACGGUCAUAUUUGGAGACAGCUGGUAUUUAUAAGUAGAAACUGUAUUGUAUCGAUCUUACAAUCGGUUUAAAGACAUCCUUCGUAUACGGUUUUAUCCUUGUACAGGAUAAACAAAGAUACGAUAUUAACACGUUGACUGCCACAAUAAAAAUUGACAAUCUGUCACCGAAAGUAUUUUCUUUUCUUCUAUUUUAUAAAACGUUCUACCGAAUUAUGUUCGAGGCACCGGUCACCGAUGAUUUCCACGGCAGUUAACGUAUUAAUCAUACGCCAUUUAUCGUGAAAGAGUUCAUUGAGAUUUCUUUUCACUUUAAGCCACGUGUAUUACAAAGCAAUAACUAGAGCUUAAAUCCGUGAUACGUGGGCGAACUUGAUCUUUGUAUCAGAUUCGAUCGACACUUAGGCUAUAUAUAGGCGUCGUCACGCGUAGCGUCUGCUUCGUUUUUUAUAUUUAAUCGUUUCUUUUGUAGGCUACAGCCAUGUUUCAGUCUUAUCACCCUCUCCUAUUUUUCCACUUAACGUUCUGUCAGUUACGAUUAACCUCCGUGCUUUAAUAAGUUUAUUGUAACCGUUGCGACGUUGAUUCCAGGUCUGCUCGAAAAGAUCUGGUUAUUGCAUUGAUCCUGUCGAUGCUGCAACGCGUGUUCCAUUCAUCAAAUGGAUUAUUAUCUUUUGUUUCUUCGUUUUAUUUUGGUUUAUAUAUAUUUUCGAACGAAUAAAGACGUUUACAAUUA